AUGCAGAUCGCCGGAAAGCCGAAGGCACAGAAGAUGGAGAAUGUCUUCAUGGAACCAUUGUGCUAUCCAGCACAAGAGUGGAACCUCCUUAAGGUGCAAGGGAAGGAAAUAGAGAAGGCGCUCAACCCGACCCAGACUGCGCUGGACCCUGAAUUCGGCAGUCUCCUGGAUGGCGCAUUCGCGGGCAUCGCUCCUGGACCGCUACCUGCCGCAGACACCACCCGAUACAGGACAUACAUUGGCACAGAUGACGCAGUGGAGAGGACAACGCACAAGGGAACAUGGCCAAAAGGCGGAAACUUCAAUUUGAACGAACCUCUCACUCAGUCGAGGUGGGCGGUGCACGACGAUAGCAUCGACGACGAAAAGGCAGAUCGCGUUCUUGACUUUGACAAAAGCUUCAGAGGAGGAAGCAAGCAGAGCAACAGAACGGUGGCGUUGAAUGAGGGGCACUCUGGACGCAUUGGAAUUACCGACACGGGACGCUACCCUCUUCUCGAUACGGAGAGAUGA